AUGAGAAAUGUAGGGUGCGGGGAUCGAACCUGCGUGUGUGUGUUAGGUCCUGUUACUGGCAAUCAGCUCCUCCGUAUUCGUUGUGUCGGUGCUACUAGUGCUCAAGGCACGGUGACAGUGCGCUUCUCCACUGCCAAGCACACUGCUGAUUCUAUUGGUACAGUAGUAGACGAUAAUACCAUUGAAUGCCUGACCCCUGCUGUUAUACAGACCAUCGGGCCUAAGAGAUGCGAGGUUAGAUUCGCUAUUGGGGCGAAAGAUUUCACGACUACGGUAACACACUACGAUUACUAUCUCAACACGAUAGCUGAAAAGUCGCUUUGUUAUGGUCCUGGUCUUUUGAAUGAUGGGGAGGCGGGUAAGGAGAACAGGUUUAUAAUACAAGGGAGAAAUAACCUCGGGGAGAAUCGAACCUCUGGGGCUGACAAGUUUGUGAUUUCGGUGAUGCAAGACGGUGAGGAGCUCUACGAUGAGAGCACUUGCUUCCACGAUUUCGACAAUGGACGGUAUGAAGUGACCUAUACUGCCAAGGCUGGUGGGGGCGACAUUACCGUUAGAGUGAAUCUCAUCGAUGAGAACGACAAGGAGCAGCCAAUCAGAGGCUCGCCAUUCACGGCUACUUGCUGUGAAACGGCUAAGCCGAGAGCUAACGAGUACGCUGGGCCGCUCGUUGUCGGAUUUAUCACAAAGAGUGUGAAGGAAUUGGAGGAGUUCUUCAAGGCGACUGAUGCUGGUAUUAAUAUUAAGCUGAACGCUGGAGACGUGAAGUCGCUGAUUAAAGUGAAGAAUUAUAUAAAGACUAUGUACGAGGAAGAGGAGAGACUGAUAUUGAAGCAGGAUGAGGUUUUGGAGUCCUUAGGGGUAAGUUGGGAUACCAUUCCUCGCUGA